CAAGUCUUUGUCCAAGACACUUUGUUCCCAAUUACAGAGAAUGGACUGGCAGGAUAAAGGAUCGCACAUAUCGGACAGACAGUUUAAGGAACGUGUGGAUUAUUUCGCUCAAUUUGAUGAAAGUGUACUUGAUUACAGUCAAGAACUGCAUCUUCAAGAACAUUGAAUAGAUAGGCCUUUAAUGAGGCAUUCUGGCAUCUGGAGUUUUUGUUUGGAGAUAAAGUUGUUUGUGUGGAGUAAACCUACCACUUCAGAUAUAAUUGGUCCAGCUAGGGCCUUGCCAUUUUGCUUGUAGUGGAUUGCAAUGAGUGCAAGCAUGCACAGCCAAGAAGGUUAAGUAUGAACAGAAUAACAGAAUUGACUCAGAUUAAAAGGGUUUGCACCUGGUGAUAUCACAUGUUUAGCACUCAUUGUUUGCACCUGGUGAUAUCACAUGUUUAGCCUCAAGCGUAGUAGUUCAACUUCUCAGUGUAACUGUGUAAACCCUGGAGAUCUGACUUUCAUGGAAGAUGGUGUCAUGUAAAGACCAAAUUCACAAAGAGCAAAAAGAUGCACUUUGAAGCCUCAAGCAGCGUCACGCUGCUGUUUGACUUCUGGGAUGUGCAUGGACCUGCAGGGAUGGUGCUGUCAGUCUUCGUGGUGCUGCUGCUCACCGUUUUUUAUGAGCUGCUCAAGGUGUGGAAAGUGGGGUUGAGCCAGCGUUCUGAAGCCCCUGGUCCCCCUCCCUUCCCUGCACCUUACUCACCUACAGAGGGCAGAUGUUUCUCCCCUCAGCCAGCUUGCCUCUCACCCCAGCUGGAGAGCCAUGAGAGCAUCACCGCUCUGGCCAGUAGCCCCUCAGAGUCCACCCUCAAUCCUGCUGACGGCACCAACACUGCUACCAGCUCCAGCUUGAACAGCUGGCUCCAGCAUGGGCUCCAGACAAUCCUCCACAUCGUGCAGGUCACCCUGGGCUACAUGCUCAUGCUCUGCGUCAUGACCUACAACGUCUGGAUCUUCCUAGGGGUCAUCGUGGGCUCAGUUCUUGGCUACUUCCUGGCCUUCCCGCUGCUCAUUAAAGUGGAAUAAAGACCAGGAGAGGAGACUCACUAGAACGCUUGAUUGAGGACACUUACAGGAGAGUCUCUGAUGCUCUUGUGUUAGACACUGUAAAAAAAGACCUCUGUUGACUGUUUGCUGUUGGGUCAAGAGUGCUGUUCGAACAUGAAGAGAAGGCGUGUUGAUACAUGUUGCUACAUACUUUGGUGGCACUGAGGUUAAUGUGGAUUUGAGACAGAGAGGUCUAUGGUUACUCUGCUCUGAGGUGCUUUGGCUUUUGAAUGAUUUCAGACAUGAAACUGAACUUCAUAGAAAAAGGUGUUUCAAAGGCACAGUACCUUUUCUGUGGAGCCUCAUAUUGUCCAAAAACAUCUCAUGUACAUAAUCACAUCCAGUGGAAGUGAAGUGUACAAUGCUGCCUAUACCUUGAUGUAAUGAUAUUUAAUGGCCUGUACUGAAAGUUUACAGCUCUUGUUUAUAUGGCUGUGAGGUUUUUUUUUAUUACAGUGGAGUGAUGGCUCAUGACUUGCAUGUUGCAAUGCUGUAAACUUGGGCCCUUUGUCAGCUCUGUAUGUACUUGGGUGGGGAAAAGCCAAAUGUGCUAGUCCUCAGAAUUGAAUGGAGAAAGAAAAGCGGAAAGAACACACCGCGUGGCCUUAGUUAAUUAAUCACCAGCACCAAGUUUAAACGUUUGAAUCUGCCAACAAUCAGCAGGUUUACAGUACAUCUUGUGACUUUGAAAGGUACUGACGGAUUUUUUUCUAAUUCCAACUGGUUGUAAUGUACAUGUAAUGUAGUUGUACUUUAUCUGACUUGGCUUUUAGCCUAAAUAACCAAGUGGAAAUAGAACACAGCCUAUCUGACUGUUACCCUUUUUAGUAAGUCUUCAGUACUCUUCCAUGCUCAUUUGACUUACAAAGUCUCCCUAACUUUGUGAUCCUAAACAUGAAGUAAACUGACAAGCACUGGAUUUUGUGACCACUACUGCCCUGACACUACCAUGGAUAUAUUUGAUAACUGUUAUCGUUGGGUGUCACAGGCUUGUGCAUUUUUAGCUUGUUUUGUGGUUUGCUGUGAUUAAACUGAAAUGACUAGUU